AUGGCCCGUCGCAUCGCCCAAAUUGUGCACCUCAAGCCUUCCGCCGUCGCCGCAUACAAGGAAUGCCAUGCAAAUGUUUGGCCAGAGGUCCUGCAGCAGAUCAAGGAGUGUAAUAUCCGUGAUUAUUCAAUAUUCUUUGACAAUGAGCGCACGCUCUUUGCGACGUUCAAGUACGUCGGGGAUGACUAUGAGGGCGACAUGGAAAAGAUGCGUGCAAAUCCAAUGGUGCGGGAGUGGUGGGCUAUGACGGAUGGGAUGCAGGAGAGUCCUAUUUCUGGAGCUGUGAGUAGUGCGGAGGGGCCGGGGUGGUGGAAAGUCUUAGAGGAGGUGUUCUACACGGAGUAA